UUUUACAAGCGUAUCGUCUCCACCUUUGACCCGGUCAAGCGAUACCAAGAGCAAAACUAAUUCGUUACGCCAGCCUCUAAUCGCCUGUAUCUAUAACGAGGAAAAAAAAACAUACUAUUGGGCCCUAAAACCAGUCAUAACGUAGCCAAAUAUGUGAAUAUUAUUGCGCGUUGGUAAGGAAAAUUCGAAGGUCACGGUAGAAAUCGCACGUAGAUGCGUUGGAAGAAGGAAAUGUAAGGGUGAAAGAGAGUGCGGGGUGCGAUAGAGAAAGGAGACGCGCGCUGUUCUAGCGUCCGGCGUUGACGAACGUUUCGUGAGUGUUUUGAGGGUGGAAAGCGGAUAGGGGGCGGGGGGUGAGAAUGCUGGGCAGAAGAACGCGUGGACGAAACACUGGCGACCCGAAGAGCCGAGGGCAGAAACGGAGCGAGGCGAAGAUCGCCAGGCGAGAGACGAACGCUCGUGCAGUUGGCAAAGAGGGAGCGAGAGAGAGAGAGCGAAAAAGCUGGGAAGAAAAAAGCGUGAGUCGAAGUGAGAAGCGACGAAGUGAGCGAACUUGGAGGGGUGCGGGGGAGGGGGUGAAAGCUAUACCGCGAGAGGUCGUCGGGGUUGUUGGCAUGACGUCACGGCGUAAUGGCGCCGCCUUCGGCGUCGAAGGGAGCCGCGCGAUUGGUCGAGAGAAAUGAUGGCAGGCUUGCGUGCCAAUCGAUUGCCGUUGGUAGGCUCGGGUCUGGUCCGACGGUCGGUUGGGUAUGGUUGUUGGUAGCAAGGUAGGUAGGGUUGCUUAGAGAAGGGGCAGUGAGCGUCGAAAAACAGAGAGAGGGGGGACAGUCGCCUCGGCAGGAAGUGAGCCCCGAGAGUGGGACCCGAAGGCGAAAUCCACAAAUGCUCAGACAGUCAGUUCCCUCCGUAGAGAGAGGAGGUGUUGCUAGGAGUCGGUCUUGUUCUUCUGCAUCUCUGCAUUAGUACAUAGGAAUAAGAGUAGUAGUAGGAGAGAAUUCGAACGGGGACAACUCAGUGAAUCGAAUAAAGCUCGCAACAGUGAACGCACAGCAAUACGCGUGUAACGACGUAGGAGCGUCGAGAGGAGUCAUCGGCGUCGAUGUUAUUAUCUUGGACACAGUGAGAAGAGAAAGUACAGUGACAGUGAAUAAUCGUCGUCGGACGUGUAAACAUUGGUUGUUGGUCGUUGGCGUUGAGAAUCGUACGCGGACUCGUACGCAGCGCCGUGUCAAAUCAGUAUAGUGUUCCAGCAGUUUGGAAACGGUGUCGGUGGUUGUGUUGUCGCGCGUAAAUUUCAACAAGUGGUGCAGUAAUCGAAAGAAGUUAAAACAAUCUCGUUUGACCGAGGGGGAAUUGGACGGUACAGCUUCCAUGUCACAUAAUCCAAGAGAAAUAAGGAGCAAUUCAUUUGGUGCGUAGUAUUCGCCAGAUUCGAAUUUCCGUCGUGGAUUGACAGGAGACUCGGCGCGUCAACGUUCUUCGACAGUGCGCUACCGCGUCCUUUUCGGCGUUUCGUCGAAUUUCUUGACGUCGAGUAGUACAAAAAAAAGGCAGCAAACUGUACGGGCACAGGGAGGAAGACAUGCUUACGAUGGAGUCUGACCUAAAAGGCGGCAGCCUGCACGGUCAAAUGCCACCUCAUCCGCAUCAAGGUGUUUCGCCAAUGGGACACCAUACCGGUGUAUCACCGUACGGUACCCUCGGCUCGAUAGUUCAUAGCCCAGCGUUAUCAGGAAGUCCUCCGAGUACCGGAGGUUUAACGUUAGGUUUACAACAUCAUCAUCAAACGCCUCAACAUCAUUACACAUCCAUGCAGGCGGCACAACAACAAAGCAUGCAUUCGUUGGCGCAACAAAACGCUGCACAACAACAGCAACAUCACCCGCACCAGCAGCAACAGCAACAGCAACAGCAACAGCAGCAACCACCACCGCCUCAACAUCAUCAGGCACCGAACAACAAUAACAAUACCAGUAAGAACAACAACAUCGACCGCGUGAAAAGGCCGAUGAACGCGUUUAUGGUGUGGUCCCGUGGCCAACGGCGUAAGAUGGCUCAAGAAAAUCCAAAGAUGCACAACUCAGAAAUUUCGAAACGAUUGGGUGCAGAGUGGAAACUACUCAGUGAAACUGAAAAACGUCCAUUCAUCGAUGAAGCGAAACGAUUACGCGCGGUGCAUAUGAAAGAACAUCCCGACUACAAAUAUAGACCACGCCGUAAAACAAAAACCUUGCUGAAGAAAGACAAAUUCCCAAUUGGAAGCGGAGUAGCCGGCGUCGGAGGUAUGCUGGGCGUAGAUCAGCGGCAAGUCGGUGCUACCGGUGGGCCGCAACAAGCUCAAUUAUCCCGUGAUGUGUAUCAAAUGCCAAACGGUUAUAUGCCGAACGGAUAUAUGAUGCACGAUCCCACAGCCGCUUAUCAGCAGCACGUUGCGUAUGGCGGUCACAUGGGAGGCGCAGCAGCCGCUGCAGCUGCUUCUGCUGCUGGGUAUCCCAGGUACGAUAUGGGCCAUCACAUGGGCGGUGGUAGUCCGAGUCCCAUAAAUAGCUACAUGAACGGUUACGGUGGUUACGGCAGUGGCAGCGUACCAGGCGGAUCCCCAUCACCGUACCAUCAAGCGCAGCCAGGAUCGCAAAUUUCCAGUCACAGUCCGAGCGGCAGUAGUAUAAAAUCCGAACCGACGAGUCCAGCGAGCGGCGGAAUUCACACACCACCAACGGCAGCGUCGUCGACAGGCGCAGCUGGGGGGCAAGUUGUGAAACGGGAAUACAUGGGCCAGCAACAGAAUCAGCAGGCGCAGGGUGAUUUGAGACAAAUGAUCUCGAUGUAUCUGCCCCAGGGUGUCGAGCAAGGAGUCGUCCAGCACGGCGCCGGUGUCUAUUCGCCUGGUCCGUCACCGGAUCCGCUGGCACAGCAUCAUCCCUCAAUACCGCCACUUGGUCACAUGGCAGAGAGUGACCGCAAAAUGUUGAAUCCAGACACCGGCUGUUACUCGGAGUCCGUUCGGGCAUGGUACCGAUACAUGUGGAAGAGGUACGGGGAUCAACAUCCAAACAUCUGUUCCUGGGAUUCCUACUAUUCAGAGAAAUAAAAAUGAAGCCAAGGAUACAUCCGGUGUAUUCGUUCUUCAACGUUGCAGUUGAUACGGAUGGCCAAGGACGUCUUACGAAUUAAUCAAACGGUGUUUGACCAUCAACGUGUGAUUAGUGUCGCUAUUAUUGUGAUCCGUCCAACGAACGAGAUCGACGAACAGUUAUCAUUACCGGGGAAUCCACGAUUAUCAUUAUCAACGGCGCGGCAAACGAGAGCUGCCGGUUGAAUAAUUCAUACGCCACUCACGACUCGUCCGUUUCUCUUUCUCUCUUCCACUGGCUUUUUUUUUUCUUUUUCUUUUCGGUGGGUUCCGCGGCCGCAAAUGAGAGAAAGUACGUACAAAUGAGAGGCCCGAGACGUCGUGCCGUAGUGACUAUACGCAUCGUUAUAAAUCAACCAUGUGCGAGGAUAAAUCGUGAUGUUACCACGCUGUUUUGUCGUUCGUUCGCGUUUCCUCUCGCAUUGUCUUUCCCGUUUUCCCUCGUCAUUCGCGAAUCUCGCCGACUAUUUCGUCGAAAUAACGACUCUCUCGAUACGCGACGCCAAGCCAAUUCCAAACAGAGACACUUAAAAAAGGAACAGACCGAGAAAUUUGUUCUCGGUCAUCUUUCUAUGACGUUCUUUGGAUUAUUUAAAAGGCUGACUCGUUCUUUCGUUCAUAAUAAAUUUUAUAAGCGUGAAAGAAUUGUUAUCGGCACGCGUGAUAAAGCGUUUCUUAAAAAGAAAUCGAGAAUCUCUCUGUUCGUUAAAAUAAGAGUGAGGUCAGAACGUAAAAAUUCGAGGGCCACGACGCGGUUAGGAAAAAAACUAGUAGCAACUGCGAUCUUUCGAGAGGAUGGCGUUAAAAUAAAUUGAAAAUUGGAGAAGAAACAGGUAAAAUCGGAGAGAACGUGCCUCUGACGGUUUAUUUCUGUUCUACCUGCUGGCUUCUUCCCCUUUCUGACGUUUUCUCGUUAAUUAUUCCAAGCGUGCGCGUAUGCCACUGGAAUAUACGCGAUCGUAGAUAUACGCCCGCGUCUCUUGCGCAGCGUGACGCUCGUUCGUGAAACAGAGACGACUACGCGGCGGAGGAAAAAUCGCGAUUUUGCGUAGAUUGAGACGGUUGGGUGAAUAAAGUAUCGGCGAAACACG